GAGAGCCAGAUUGGUCUUACGUCUUUUGCUUGGGCUAUAGUAUUAACAAUACCUGAGAGACAUCAGGGCUAGUUUGGCAUCCAGUCAGCACAUACAGGAGUGUUUGCAUCACCUUGGGCAAGCUCCUCUGUGUGUGUUCACCCUGUUGUCAUAGCAACAUCGCAGAGUUUAACACAACAUCUGCAGCUUAUAGUGCCUCAUUACUGAUGAAAUCACUUCAGCGGAAAGUCGGCUCAUAUGGGUGUCCUUAGUGGGCCGAGCAGCUCCAGGUCCUUGUAGACCGAGCCGUGACAGCAGAGCACAAAAACAUCUGUGUUAACAUGCCUCUAACCUAAUUGCGCCAAUGAGCGCCGUCUUUUUUUUUUUUUUUCCUCCUCCUGAUCUGAUGAUGUGAGCCCUUCGCUGGAAGUCCUGCUGGCGUCUGUUUGACGUUAGUGCUUUGUGGGAACGGCGCUUCGCACCAUGUAACAAAGUUCCAGGAGAAGAGUAAAUAUGCAAGAAGGAGAGGAAAGAGAAGACAUGUGGGAGCAGUUAGGGGAGACUUCCUCAGGAAUUGUCCUUCAUGUGGUCAUAAAGGAGAAGAAAAAAGUUGGCUAAUAAUCAAGUGCUGUUUUCACAUGGACAUUAAUGAAUGAGUCCAGAUUGGAUGAGGCUGAUUGCUCAGCAAGCGUGCACUGGCUUUUGUUAUUGCAUAUUUGUGCUGCAGCACAAGGCUACACCCAACCCCAGACAUUAAUAACAUCACUCUGUCAGGGUCAAAUGUCAGCCAAGACGACCCAGCCUCCAAUCCUGUGUUUACGCACAAACUUUGCGCUUUUUGGCACGCGCUCUUGAAGGCUUUAAUUUUACUGGAGGGUGUCACGUGUUUGUGUCUCGGUUUCUGUUCCUCUUUUUCUUUUGUGCACACUCCUGCCAGAGAGUUUGUGUUACUUGGCAGGCGGCGCGCAAUUACGUCGUCAGGCGUGGUGAAAACAAGGGAGACGCUGUGAGAAACGAGAAAAAAAAUGCUGGAUUUGUUUAUAAAAUAUGAGAUAUAUGAAGCGAAACUUUCAUACCUGAGGUGGUGUGAUUGAAACUUUCACUUGGGCUGAAACAAACGCGGCCACACGCUGCGGCAGCGGAGUUUCCUGUGCGCACCGAUGAGAGCGAGCCGAGGCGCUACAGUACAUAGGAAAUGACUCAUAGGAGUUGAACUGUUCGGCGUGGGUGUGUGCGCUGUUAAAACAAGGCGCAGACUCCUCCGGAUGACUCACUCUGAUGCUCGCUUUUCCAUGCUGAAAACCAGCACGGAUUGUUAAUCAGAUGAACUUUCGGGAAUUGUGUUGCCGACUGCGAACAGCUUCCCUCCCGCGCGCCUCAUGGCUUCCACCGCUCUUUGCGCACUGUGUGGAGUUAUUCUAGCGACUGUGGCCACUCUCCACUGCGUAAACGCACAAAAAAUUCCGUGCCACAAUUCGGAGUUCUGGAGCUCAGACCUGGAACGUUGUGUACCCUGUUCGUCGUGCAAGAAGUACCCAAAGACCCCAUCGUGCAACACAUGUAAAUCGGUUGAGGAGACUCCCGAUGUGUGGAAACUAGCAGCCAUCACCAGCUUCUCCGUGCUGGCUGCGGUUCUGGUCGGGGCUGCGCUGAUCAUCGGGGUCAUGGUGCUUCGGCGCAGAUCACACAAACAGCCUCUACGUGAACCCAUUGAAGAGACGGCGGGACCUCUUUAUCAAGCUUAAACAGCUGACCUCAUCUUCUUCUGGAAACAGAUGCAAGACACCAGGCGGAGGAACCUCUGGACCACAAUCACAGCCUGACUGCAGGGUGUGCCUUGACCGGAAUCGGACCAUUUUUAUUUAUUAGACUGUUAGUCAUAAAGAUGUGCUCAGUUCUCAAGCUCAGUCGAGGUUCUGUGGAGAGGUGAGGACGGGACUUACUCCGAGCCACAUUCCUAUCUUUGAUGGAGCAGUAACACCGUAGUACCUUAAUAGUGGUCUCAUCUUAGAUUUGUGUUUUUAUUUUUCCUGCUAACUGAGAUGUUUGGGUUGAGAUUCAGCAGCGGUCCAUGCUGGUGUUUAGGGUUCUGCAGCGUCGAAUGUAACACAGAUCCCGUACAGUCCGGCGGGGUAGACGGGGUCUCUCUCUGCCCCAACAGCGCGAGGAACACAUACUGUGGCACAUCAGGGCCGUUUGAAUGUAGCUACCUUUAGGUAAACUGUGUUUCUUUCCUGCCAGUAUGUCCAUGUACGUUCUUUCAGCAGCCAGCGAUGAAGCUGUGACCGAGAGGACAAACUGCACUCAUGCACUGCUACUACACCUCCUGAAAUCCGUACACUCCCAGUUUCAGGUCAUUGCAUUAUUGCCAUCUUUGUUCUCAUGUUACUACGUUUUUUUUUUUUUUUUGACUUGUAAUACAAUUCCAGGAUCUGCAUCGCUGUCAGUGAUCGUAGGUCUCGAUGCAUGAAACACUAUAAGUUCCCAAACUGCUAACACGUGGGAAUGCUGCGAGGAAUGUACUGUAGUGAAGAAAAAUACCUGCAGUGUUUUUGUUGGACACUCAUCUUGCAGUGCACACAAUGUUAGACCGCUAAACUCUUCUCCAAGCAAAAAAAAAGACGCACUUUUUCAUUGUAAAGUGCUUAAUGAUGUAUAGAAAUGAUUGUUUUUUUUCCAUGUUCUACUUUCCUGCACUUCCUGUCUUCUUUUGUCCCUGACAAUGUUUCAGGUCAUCUUUUUGGAUCGGCCUGCUCAGUGUUUGUCCUCUGGCACCCACAUUAAAACAGUUUCUUUUUAUGUUUAUUUAUUAAAAAAAAAAUAAAAAUACUUGCAGUGUUGCAAUGCAUCAAGUGCGAGGGGACAAACACAAAAGGACUUUGUGAAACUUUCAGCAGGCCAGCCAUUAAAAAUGACUUUUUUCUGCUUCUUUUGCUUCUUUUAUUUCCUGUACAUGCACUGGCUUUUCUUUACUCACUUUAUAAACUGCUUUGUGUAGCAAAUGUAUUUUCACAAUAAAACUGACAACUUUCAUGAA